CAGCAGCGGGCCGCGGUGAGCUCGGGGCUCAGGCCUCCUCCUCGCUGUCUGUAUCGAUGAAGUUGUUUCAAAGAUGGCGGAUUUCCUGCCGUCCCGCUCCGUUUUAUCAGUAUGUUUCCCUAACUGUCUCCUCACAAGCAGCGAAGCGGAACAGCUGAGGAAAUCUAAAGAUAUAGAUGAGGAAAUUCAUCGAGAUAAGACUUAUCUAAAAAGAUUAGUCAAGAUUUUAUUACUUGGGGCGGGCGAGAGCGGCAAGUCCACUUUCCUCAAGCAGAUGCGCAUUAUCCACGGGCAGGACUUCGAUCAGAAGGCCAAGGAGGAAUUCAGAGCCACGAUUUUUAGUAACGUUCUAAAAGGUAUUCGAGUGUUGGUGGAUGCUCGGGAGAAGCUACACAUUCCAUGGGGCAACCAGUCCAACCAGCGCCACGGAGAAACAAUGAUGGCGUUCGACACUCGCUCUGUGAUGGCCCACGGGCAUGGCAUGGUGGAGCCCAAGGUAUUCCAGCACUACCUGCCCUCCAUCCGGGCCUUGUGGGCCGACCAGGGCAUCCAAAACGCCUACGACCGCCGCAGAGAGUUCCAGCUGGGGGAGUCGGUCAAGUAUUUCCUGGACAAUCUGGAGAAGCUUGGACACACGGACUACCUCCCCAACCAACAGGACAUCCUCCUGGCCAGAAAGCCCACCAAAGGCAUUCACGAGUACAACUUUGAACUCCGGAACGUGCCCUUCAAGAUGGUGGACGUGGGCGGUCAGCGGUCGGAGAGGCGGCGCUGGUUCGAGUGCUUUGACUCGGUCACUUCCAUCCUCUUCCUCGUCUCGUCCUCUGAAUACGACCAGGUGCUGAUGGAGGAUCGGCAGACCAACCGGCUCAGCGAGUCCCUCAACAUCUUCGAGACCAUCGCCAACAACCGGGUGUUCAGCAACGUCUCCAUCAUCCUGUUCCUGAACAAGACGGACCUGCUGGAGGAGAAGGUGAAGCAGGUGUCCAUCAAAGACUACUUCCCCGAGUUCUUGGGCGACCCCUCGAGCCUGGCCGACGUGCAGCGCUUCCUGGUGGAGUGCUUUCGCAAGAAGCGCCGAGAACAGCAGCAGAAGCCGCUGUACAACCACUUCACCACGGCCAUCAACACCGAGAACAUCCGCCUGGUGUUCCGUGACGUCAAGGACACCAUCCUGCACGACAACCUCAAACAGCUGAUGCUGCAGUGAGGGGGCGGAGCAGGAGGGUGGGGGUGGGUGGAGCCUCACGGAGAGUUGGUGUGGAGGUGCUUUUUCCUCCACCCAUCCGUCCUCCCUACUUGACUGAACUGUGACUCUGUAUUAAAGCCACCACUACUACGGCCACCCCCCUACUUCCCAAGCUUGCUCUCCGCCUUGUUGAACUUGCUCACUAUGACGCCUGUGGCUCUGAGCCUCGACCCCCACCCUUCAAACCACUGUAAGCGACCUCUAACCCCAUCGCCAUAGUCGCUCUGACAUCCUUUAUGUUGCUCUAAUCCACACUUCUUCUAUGCUGCUCUGACCACUGUUGCUAAGGUGGGGGGGGGGGCUGUCUCUUAAUGAGACGCCGUCGGCAGCGACUGUUGACCGCUGUUGCCUUCUCUUAUUCAGAACUUCUUUGUUGCUCCUCUGGUGUAACAUCUGCUCUCCACCGUAAUCCUACUUUUCUAAUCACGGUUUGUUUCUCUAAUACGAGUACCCUGUAUGUACCUUUCUCUUUAUGGGGCUUUACACUUACAGGCUGCGUUCCAUGUAGCUGCACAUCCACCAUGAGCUGCUGGGCUUCUCAGCCUGAACCCCACGGCUCCGUCAUGUGACACAUUUCAUGGGCUCUUUUCUCUCUACAUGUCUCAAUAAUGUUCACCAUGCGGGUUCGAACUAACAGGUCAUGGUGACCUCAUUUCAGCUGGGUAUUGACUCCUCCUGUCCCGUGUUAUUUUACCCAAUGAGAAAGGCUUAACCGAGAUACUCACCAGUCAUUGGGUACAAGAUGUGCUUCUAUGAAACAUGCUUUUAUCUCCUUCUCUCAUGUUGUCAGUAGUAGACGCUAAGCUAAGGUUGCUGCUAGGAGCAAACCGGCUCAAUCGGCCAUAAAUAUGAAACAACCACAAAAUGGUGUCAGUAAGCGGUGGCGUUGCCCUGUAGAAUCUCUUGGUCUGCAGGUUUCUUCUCUUCAUGAGAGCCCUUGGCUUUUGUUUUAGUUUCCUGGGGUCAUUUUUCUUUUCUAGUAGGCAUUUGUUGCGUCCCCCUGUCUCAUAGAGCAUACUCACCCGCCCUCACCCCCCCAUGUAUGACCACCCGUGUUACGUUCUGUGGACGGGGUGCGGCUCCACCGGUUCCUGCUGACACUAGGCCUUUUUAUUGAAACUGGAUGUCUGAUGUUUGUAGCUUUCAGCUAACCGCCCUGCUUGGCCCCGCCCCCUCCCUGUCUACACUGGAUGUCUCAGCCAAGCUUUCUAGUCAUAACAGCUGUGUAACAGCUGGAGGUUCGUCCUGAGGGAACAUCAGUGGAAACCAAACUACUCCGAUCACUUCCCAUGUAACUGUGCUUGUAUGAAUGCUGAAUGGCCGUUACACGGUAUGUGGUACCUGGGACCGUGCUGGUGUGUAUGCAGCUCUACCAGGAGAGAAGUCCGUUACAACGUGCUACUUAGUUUUCCGUCGUUGGCUUCUAUCCAGUCGUGUAUGCUACGCACAUGAAUAUCUACUUCUUUGUACUCAAACCUACUGAUCACUUUAUUGUCUGCAGCUCAUCAGGUAACGUACAAUACAGAACACAAAGAAUCCCCAAAGAACACAAGAACACCAGAUGAUGCCACAGAACGUGUACAUAGAUCCCCGCUGUUCACACUACAUGUGGGUGUCGUUUGGGAUGGAGCAGAUUGAGAUUUGAAUAAGUGACCUUUGUUGGGUGACAUCGGGGGUUCCCGGUCCUUCCUGACUCCCCAGGUGCCCGUGGUGUGUUAGCAUGAAGCAGUGAACUCCCCACAGGCCAGAGGAAAGCCUGCAGCACAAACAGAGCAGCCACCUGGUUGGCUUGUUGUCACACUGCAGCGUGAACACAUGUCCCGUGUGCUGACUCACCGUGUCCGUGGGGUCUCUCAGGCCCUCUGCUGUGAGGAGCCUCGUCCUCCCAAAGCUCUUCUACUGCCUGAUGGGGGAUACAGACGAAUCCUCUAAGGAGAUUGAUGCAAAUUCUCAAGAAGUCUAAAGAUCUGCCUUCGUAUUUACAGAAGAAAAGGUCAAAGGUUCACUUUCAGAGACCUUGCUCGAGCUGCCUGUGGAGCGGCGUUCCACCCAUGAGGACCAGCUUGCAUGGUUUCUCUGGAGAGAUUGUCUUCCCUGUUUGGUCGUAAACCUCCGUGAGAGGAGUCCAGUGUCGCCUCAUAGUCCAAGCUAUGCAACAGCUAUGCACAGCCAUGACUUGGCAUCAUGGGUCUAAUAACCCUGACCGUUCUCUUAAUGCCAGUGUCUUCAUGUCAGGAGAGACGUCUGCCAAAUAUUCUCUGAUCUCUGCCUGUACCGUUAGCAGGUUUUCUAUUGCAAAGAACUUCACAUUCAACCUUUGUCCCAGUACAGCAAUGUUCACAUAGACGAGCUUUCCAUGUACAGUCUAACUUAUGCCGCCGUACCCUUCUACUCUCUAAUCAAAUCAAACCUAAAUAAACUGUUUUUUUUACAAAA